CACCAGCUCUGCUGCCUGGGCUUGCUUUCACUUUGCCUGCGCUAUAUUAGGCCUGGCGCACAGCUCUUUAAAGAGACGCGCAGGUGACCGCCAAGGAGGGGCGGGGUCUGGCACCUUUAACCCUUCAGAGUCCCCUGUUGUCUCCUGAGGACGCGUCCCACGCUCAGGCCCGGUGCCCCGAGACGCGCGUGCGACCUGGCUAGUUGGAAGGCGCCCCUGACCUUGGUCUCUCCUCUUUGCCAGGCCUGCCCUGGGACUAUGGGCGCCGCACUGGGCACAGGCUCACGGCUGGCCCUCCUAUCGCGCCGGGCCUGCAGCGUCAUCCCGCGCUGGGAGCCCCCCGCGCCCACCGGAGGCUACCACUCCAAGGCCGACUUGGCGCGCCCGGUGGCCCUGAAGAAGCGCGGAUAUGAUGUUACCAGGAACCCGCAUCUCAACAAGGGCAUGGCCUUUACCCUCGAAGAAAGGAUACAACUUGGAAUCCACGGCCUAAUCCCCCCGUGCUUCCUGAGCCAGGAUGUCCAGCUUCUCCGGAUCAUGAGAUCCUACGAGCGGCAGCAAAGUGACCUGGACAAGUACAUCAUUCUAAUGACACUCCAGGACCGCAAUGAGAAGCUCUUCUACCGAGUGUUGACCUCAGAUGUGGAGAAGUUUAUGCCGAUUGUCUACACACCCACCGUGGGACUGGCCUGUCAGCAGUAUGGCCUGGCCUUCCGCAGACCCCGUGGGCUGUUUAUCACCAUUCAUGACAAGGGCCACAUUGCAUCAAUGCUGAACUCUUGGCCAGAAGACAAUAUUAAGGCCGUGGUAGUGACUGAUGGGGAACGCAUACUUGGUUUAGGAGACCUGGGCUGCUAUGGCAUGGGCAUCCCUGUGGGAAAGCUGGCCCUUUACACCGCUUGCGGAGGCGUGAACCCACAGCAGUGUCUCCCUGUGCUGCUGGACGUCGGCACCAACAACGAGGAGCUGCUCAGAGACCCUCUGUACAUUGGUCUGAAACACCAGCGUGUGCGUGGGAAGGAGUACGAUGACCUGCUGGAUGAGUUCAUGAAGGCUAUAACAGACAAGUUUGGAAUAAAUUGCCUCAUCCAGUUUGAAGAUUUUGCCAAUGCCAACGCCUUCCGCCUGCUUAACAAAUACCGCAAAAAGUACUGCAUGUUCAAUGACGACAUCCAGGGCACAGCCUCCGUUGCCGUGGCGGGGAUCCUGGCUGCUCUUCGAAUCACUAAGAACAAGCUCUCCAAUCAUGUGUUUGUUUUCCAAGGGGCAGGUGAGGCAGCCAUGGGCAUUGCCCACCUCCUUCUCAUGGCCCUAGAGAAAGAAGGCAUUCCCAAUGCAGAGGCCAGAAGGAAGAUCUGGAUGGUGGACUCCAAGGGGCUCAUUGUCAAGGGAAGGAGUCAUCUGAACCAUGAGAAAGAGAUGUUCGCCCAGGACCACCCUGAAGUGAAGUCCCUAGAGGAGGUGGUGAGGCUAGUAAAGCCCACAGCCAUCAUAGGUGUUGCCGCCAUCGCAGGAGCCUUCACGGAGCAGAUUCUGAGGGACAUGGCCUCCUACCACGAGCGCCCUAUCAUCUUUGCCCUGAGCAACCCCACCAGCAAGGCCGAGUGCACAGCUGAGAAGUGCUAUCGGGUCACCGAGGGCCGAGGGAUCUUUGCCAGUGGGAGUCCUUUUAAGAGUGUGACCCUGGAAGAUGGCAGGACCUUCAUUCCUGGACAGGGAAACAAUGCCUAUGUGUUCCCUGGAGUGGCGCUAGGAGUCAUCGCUGGCAGGAUCCGGCAUAUCCCAGAUGAGCUCUUCCUCCUGACAGCAGAGCAUAUUGCCCAGGAAGUCUCUGAGCAGCAUCUGUCCCAAGGGAGACUAUACCCACCACUCAGCACCAUCCGAGACGUGUCUCUGAGAAUUGCCAUCAAAGUUCUUGACUACGCGUACAAGCACAACCUGGCCUCCUACUACCCAGAGCCCAAGGACAAGGAGGCUUUUGUAAGAUCCCUGGUCUACACUCCAGAAUAUGACUCAUUUACAUUGGACAGCUACACGUGGCCCAAAGAAGCCAUGAAUGUUCAGACGGUCUGAUGUGGUCUCAGUGGCAGUUGUGGGGAUAGAUGAAGCCCAGGGUAGCACCAACAAUAUAAAUUAGUUCCAAAAUGGCCAUUUUCAUCACUGUGUUUAUUCCUUUGAACUUUCCUACAUAAAAGGAGAUGCCAAGACAUAUGAUAAAUGAGAGCUUUGUUUCUGAA